AUGGCUCAAAAGUACGCCAAAGACGAGCCCGCAGGUUUCACCAACCGCAUCGAGCGCAUCGCCAUCGUCGGCGCAGGCGGCCAACUCGGCGGACACUUCACGACCGCGCUGCUGCGCACCGGGCGGCACACCAUUACGGCCCUCACCCGGCGUGGCAGCAAGAACGUGCUCCCGGCGGGCGUGAUCGCCGCGCCGGUCGACUACGCCGACGAGGACACCCUCGUGGCGGCGUUGCGCGGGCAGCAGUUCCUCAUCAUCACGCUGUCGGUGAUGGCGCCGCCCGACACCCACGCCGCGCUGGUGCGCGCGGCGGGCAAGGCCGGCGUGCCCUACGUGAUGCCGAACGGGUACGGGUCGGAUUUUGAGAAUGAGGUGUUGAUGCGGGAUGAUCGGUUGGGUGGGGCCGCGGUGAAGGGGUGGUGUGGGGAGAUUGAGAAGGUCGGGGCGGCGUGGGUGGCGGUGGUGUGUGGGUUUUGGUAUGAGUAUAGUUUGGUGUUGGGGCCGGUGUGUCUCGGGCUGGAUCAUGCGUCGAAGAAGGCGACGUUGUAUGAUGAUGGGGAGGCGAGGGUCAAUCUGACGACGUUUGAGCAGUGCGCGCGGGCGGUCGCGGCGCUGUUGAGUUUGAAGGAGCUGCCGGAGGAUGAGGGUGAUGAGGCGCCGACGGUGAGUCGGUGGAGGAAUAAGCCGUUGUAUGUGGCGAGCUUCAGGGUUAGUCAGAGGGAGAUGUUGGAGAGCUGGAAGAGGGUUACGGGAGAGGAGUGGACGGUGGAGAGCGAGCCGAGCGAGGAGAGGUAUCGGAAGGGGGUUGAGAUGAUGCAGGGUUCGGCGGAUCCGAUGAUGGCGCGUAUGGGAGCCGCGUUGGCGACCUUUGCGAGGAUCUUUUAUCCUGAUGGGAGCGGCGACUAUGAGAGCUCGAGGGGUUUGGCGAACGGGUUGCUUGGGUUGCCGAAGGAAGACUUGGACGAGCGGACCAAAGUGGCGAAGAAGAUGCUGGAUGAUGGGUAUCCCGGCUGGGUGUUCCAGAGGAUGCAGAACGCUUAG